AUGAACCAUCGGAAGAAGUGCUUCCCCGCCACUCGAACAUUACGCGUCUUUGUCAUCUUCACUUGCUACGGCUGCUCUGUCCUUGCCGUCAACAAAACAAUGUUUUUACCUGUCACUACCGUCAAUCCCGAAUUCCUUUCCUUGGGUGUCUUAAACUCUGCCGAACGUAUUGUGGCUCUACUUGGCGUCUUUGUUUCCAAGGCUCCUUUGCUGGACGCGUUCCUGUGUAUGCUUAAGCUGUAUGCCUUCAUCCGCCGUUUUGGAUUUAUCAAGAUCAAGGUUGAGACUGUGUUGUUGCCGUGGCUCUCCAUGGAUGAACUAUGCUUUUGUUCGGACACAUGCGUUUCCCUCAUGGGUCCUACUGUGUUUGCCGAAGUUAUGAUCUACAUGGAUGAACGAGUGCAUGUAAACGUGCGAUCGAAUACGGCAGCCAUUGUGGGUAUUGGCGACGGUGGCAGAGAAAUUUGGAUGGGCAGGUUAUUCUGUUUGUUUAUGGAACAGAUGCUAGACCGUUGACCGUGUAGCCAUAUCAAGAUGCUGUUGGUGUGAUUAGAUACUACGUUUUGUAUCAUUGUUACGUGUGAGGAUCCAGGUAAGUGGUCAAAAGUGAUUGCUGGGCAGGAUCUGUUGUGUUGGGCAUACUGGUGGUGGAUAAGUGGUGUGGGUAUAUAAUUCGAGU